CCGUUAAUAUCAAGUAUAAUCCACAACACUGAAAACAAACAAGUCUUAUAAAUCUGUGGAACCGAGGAAAGGGGUUGUUUCUUGGAGAAAAUAUAGGGAUUCCCAGUCAUAUGGACAUAUCUCGAAAAGGAAUCGCCGGAGGAUUUAUGGGGACUUAACUCUGUAAAAAAAUACUGCCCUGAAUCUGAUUUAUUGAAGUGAUCAAAAUUACAUUUUUACAAUGGCGUUGUCCGUUGACUCCGUUCCCUCCAUACAAAAGGUUAUGUUCCACAGAGAGACCAGUGAAGACAAAGAUGAGGAGGUCUUUGGAGUCUGGAGGCAGCAGCGGCGUGUCUCCAUUGCGAAAUCCUCAGACGACGGGUCAAAAACCAAGGCGCAUGCGCAGAUGAGUUCUGACAGAAUGAACAGACGGAGGUCAACUUUCAAAGGAGUGGCCAAUUCAGUUCAUACGCUGCUGGGCAUACGGCGAAUGAGUAAGGCCCGAGUCAGUGUUAGCAACACGGAGGACAUGAAACCUAAAGUGAGAUAUGAGAACACGUAUAAACUUGGUCCUGACAGCGGAAAGGUUGCGAGCUCGAACAAGAUAGAGACUGCUGUUAAGAGCAUACUGGAGCAGUUUCUGGGCAAUGAGAAGUACUCCCCGGACACGUGUAGUAAUCUAGCGUGUAGUCUCUCUAUCAUGAUCAAGAACGCGGUGAAGGACAUGGAUUUACCCCGCUAUAAGAUCAUCACCAACGUCAUCAUCAGUCAGCGCGGGGCCCAGAGCAUGCAGACGGCCAGCAGGUGCUUGUGGGACACCUCCACCGACAACUUCAGUCACGUGACUUACAACAACGCCUCCCUGUGUGCCGUGGUCACUGUUCACUGUGUCUAUUUUGAAUAAUUAUAAUUUACAAUGUUUAAUUAAGGUAUACAUUUUAUUGCCAUUCUUAUUUUUAGAAAUAUGAAUAAAAAAUCUGAUCUAAGAAAGUGUGUAUGAACACUACAGUGUACAAAAACAAUCAGUAUCUUUUUGUGUUACUAAAACGAAACAUUAAUAAUUAACUGAAAGGUAGAGCGCGUUACUCAAUUUCUUGCCCAACACCGUUGCAGUUUUGAUAUCACACCUUAGCAAAUAAUGAUUCAAUUACAUGUAAUACAUACAUAUCAGUUAACUGUUGUUUAUAAUCGGUCUUUAAAUACGUAUACCACUAACAGCAUGGUAUACAGUGAAAUAUUCCAUGGUCUAAGUGGUUCUUUGAAUAGUAUAAUACUUUAUCUAAGCUUUAACGUUGUUUUUUAAAUGCUGCAUGCUCUGUUUUAUAGAGAAUUUCAUCACACGUUUAAAAUUACGCUCUGGUGCCCGAAAUGGAAUAUGACGUCGUUGUUUACUAUAUAUAAAUAAAAGUGACACUUUGUUGAUUUUUCAAUAAUGCCUAAAUUAAUAUGAUGCUGCGGUACUUGUCACCUUAAACAGGUGUAACAUGCACUGCAUACACUUUUGACCCUACUGGAUGUACAAUUAUAAUUCUCAAUUUUGUAUAUAUAUUAUCAAUGAGAGUCCGCUUUCAGUCCGAUAUUAACAACAACAUCAACUAAAUAAAAUUGUUUAAUUUCUAAUCGUUUUAUAUAGAUACAUGUACAUGCAUUUGAUACAUGUGGAAAUAAAAUAUGCUGUACCCCUAAUCAGAACAAAGUCAGAUGAACUGUAUAAAUAUACAUGUACCUAU